AUGGGAUAUGACUGGUGGAAAUCCAAGAAGAAAAAGCAAGCAGAUCCUAAAUAUCAUGAAAACCUUGCUCAUACCUUAAAAGAUAUUAUUAUAGGGUCUGAUCAUGUAACCCAUGCUAAAAAGAAUAAACGUGUUGUCAAGGCCAUGCAAAAUAAUGCUGCCGCCUUGGGGGCGAUUUCAUUUUUGAAAGCAAUGCCAGAUCCUACCUUACCUACUGUUGAAGUUACGGUUGUUGAAGAGAAUAAUCAAUCAACUUCAAUUUUAGAUAAAAAAAAGAAACCAAAUGAUUCCUUUAAAACCAAGGAAAAUGUUAUUCUAGGUGGUAGUACUAGUGUUAGCAUAACAUUAUUUAAACCACCUUUAGACCAAAUAUCCGCAUAUGCAUUCUGGUGGGGAUAUGAAAUAUAUAUUCCUGAAAAUUGUAUGGGACGUUUGGAUCAAGCUCAAAAUGUUGGUAAUGCUUUCUUGGGAUUUUUACAAGUAAUUGCUGGUAAUGCAACUGCUAUAUCUCCAUAUUUUGGAUUUAUUUCUGCAUGGGUUGGUUUACAAUUUACUGUAAUUAAAUCUCAAAAUAACGGUCACGGAGUUGUUCUUGCUGCAACUUGGUAA